AUGGAAGGAGAACAACAAAGUGCAGCGGUUAUUCCUGAUAAUUACACAUACCGUUUUGUAUUAAAGGCAUGUGCUUACUUGUUCUCUCUUUCUGAAGGGAAACAGGUGAAUGCUCAUGUAUUGAAACUUGGGUUUGAAUCGGAUACUCAUAUUUGUAACAGUUUGAUUCAUUUUUAUGCAACUUGUGGGUUUCUAGACUUGGCACACAAGGUGUUCGAGAAAAUGUCCGAGAGAAGUGAGGUUUCAUGGAAUGUCAUGAUUGACUCUUAUGCAAGUGCUGGACUUUGGUUCCUAUCCAAGGCUACGGGGACUGCUGUCGAUUGGGUCCAGAUGCCUGGGAUGAAGCCUGGUCCGGAUUCGGUUGGGAUCUUUGCCAUUUCACAAAGUUGCAGUGGAGUGGCAGCUCGAGCCUGCGGUCUUGUUAGUUUAGAACCUACAAAGAUUGCGGAGAUCCUGAAAGAUCGUCCAUCUUGGUUUCGGGAGUGUCGGAGCCUAGAGGUUUUCACAAUGUUCCCUGCGGGUAAUGGAGGGACCAUUGAACUUGUGUACACACAGACAUAUGCUCCAACGACACUGGCUCCUGCCCGGGAUUUCUGGACUCUCAGAUACACUACAAGCCUGGAAAAUGGCAAUCUUGUGGUUUGUGAGAGAUCUCUAUCUGGUUCUGGGAGUGGCCCUAAUGCAGUUGCUGCUGCUCAGUUUGUAAGGGCUGAAAUGCUUCCUAGCGGCUAUUUGAUUCGACCAUGUGAAGGUGGAGGGUCAAUUAUUCACAUCGUAGACCACCUAAAUCUUGAGGCCUGUAGUGUGCCAGAAGUGUUGCGUCCACUUUACGAAUCAUCAAAAGUGGUGGCCCAAAAAAUGACAAUUGCAGCACUUAGAUAUAUAAGGCAAAUAGCCCAGGAAACAAGUGGUGAAGUGGUAUAUGGAUUGGGUCAGCAGCCUGCUGUUCUUCGAACAUUUAGCCAAAGAUUGAGCAGAGGCUUCAAUGAUGCUGUGAAUGGAUUCAAUGAUGACGGAUGGACUGUACUAAACUGUGAUGGUGCUGAGGAUGUAAUUAUUGCAGUUAAUUCAACCAAGAAUUUGAGUGGCACUUCUAAUCCUGCUAGUUCCCUUACAUUUCUUGGAGGAAUUCUCUGUGCAAAAGCUUCUAUGUUGCUCCAAAACGUCCCUCCUGCUGUUUUGGUUCGCUUUCUCAGGGAGCACCGCUCAGAGUGGGCUGAUUUCAAUGUUGAUGCUUAUGCUGCCGCAUCACUGAAAGCUGGCUCCUAUGCUUAUCCAGGAAUGAGGCCUACAAGAUUCACUGGCAGUCAAAUAAUCAUGCCCCUUGGCCAUACAAUUGAACAUGAAGAGAUGCUGGAAGUUAUUCGGCUUGAAGGCCACUCUCUUGCAAGGAAGAAGCCUGCUGAUUCUACUGUGGAUUUGAGAGCCAUAGCUGAAAAGAGGCACAGCUUUAAAAUUUGUGUUGGAAGUUACAGAACUUAUUAUCUCAUGGAUCAAAUAAGCAUGUCCCAAGGAGAGAAUGUUUCCACAGAUCUCAGUAUUUGGUUAAAAGAGAAAUGGAAUCCUGGAGAGAUUCCCGAAGAAGCUCCUCCAGAUUCAGUUGUUCGGUAG